UAGAAACACAAUGAGUCAAAACCACAGACACCACAUUCACCGAUUAAACUUCCUACUUUAAGUGCAGCCACAGAGCACAACAAGAAAGAACUUCAAACAGCCAGAGUGUCACUUGAGUUCAUAGCCAUGGAAGAGGAGACUCAAAGUGAAAAAGAAAUGGAUGUCAGCUUGUCGUCGGAAAAAGAAGACAAUAUAGAGAAGAAGAAAAGGCCCAACAGAGGACACUCCAGAGGACCUGGACGAGGACUUGUCCUUAAAAAUUGUCUAAUCCUCACUUCCUUGGCAGCCUUUUGUGGCUUGGCAGUCACUGUGGUAUUCCAGCCAAAACGUGGUGUUUCAGAUGUGCUACCCAACACCACAUACAAGUCUUCCGGGGACAGAAGUUACCUCUUCUCCAUUGAAAGGAAUUCUUGGAAGCUCAGUAACCAGUCCUGUAUGGAGCACCAGAUGACACUUGCUGUUUUCCAGGAUAGUGAAAUGCUGGAGCAAGUUUCAGAUCACAUCAGACUCCAUGGGGACAGCUACUGGAUUGGACUACAGAGACGCAAUACCGCAUCGCCUUGGCACUGGGUAUAUGGAGCCAAGCUCAACACUACCUUGUUUCACCUGAACGUCAGUGACUCCAGCCAACACUGUGUCCUGGUAACAAGCAGUGGCCUCCAAUCAUCCCAGUGCACCACUCCCAAUAAGUGGAUCUGCAAGAAAAGCAAGGUUGGGAAUCUCAGAUGAUGUGUCCGAGAGGUACUACCAUAACAAUAAUCUGGAAGGAGACUAGCAAUGAAUGAAUUCUAUUACAGACAAAAGAAUUGAAACAAAUGAUCUGCAACUUCAUGUGCAUGCUAAUUGCUGAUAUAUGCAUAGCUUUCUUAUUCUGACAUUGCUUGACUUAAACUUAAUACUCAAUACUAGCACAGUGAAACUAUUAAAGUCAGCCUUCUGUUGUAUUUUAGCAAAGGUUACCCACCAGCUGGGGUUCAAAUAUUACUUUUAUGUUUAUUUUGUUAAUCGUUUAUGAUAACAGUAAUGAUUAUUAAACUUUUUUUAUAUCAAUGUAUGUUCUGCAGUGUUCCGUGUGUUUUGUGGGUGGUCGCCCAAGUGGCUGGGCCACCUGCCUACCACCUCAAACUGCCCUCAGCCCUAAAAAGGUGGGGGCAACCCACAGACCCUUGUGGCUUAUUGAAAUGUGCU